AUGCGUGUUUUCAAUACUGUUUCUGUUUUUAUCGCCUCGUACCUAGGAUCUGUUUUAGCAGCCUCCCCAGAUCUGAAUCUCUUUGCAUACGGCAAUACUGGCCCGCUGUUGGGUACUUCUUUCGGCACUCCAGGCGCAAACGCGACUUUUGACUACGUAGUGGUCGGAGGCGGAACCGCAGGACUCACAAUCGCAAGCCGUCUCGCAGAGAAUCAAACAGUGAGCGUUGCAGUCAUCGAGGCGGGCGGCUUCUAUGAAACCGAUAAUGGCAAUUACUCGAUCGUGCCCGGGUAUUCCAGUUACUUCACGGGUUCUGACCCCACAGACUAUCAGCCGCUUAUAGAUUGGGGAUUUAGUACGCAGCCCCAGUCUGGAUUAGGAGGCAGGGUCUUGCAUUAUGCUCGAGGCAAGACCUUAGGGGGUUCCUCGGCCAGGAACUACAUGCUCUACCAACGGCCUACGGUCGAUAGCAUGCAACGGUGGGCAAAUGAAGUGGAUGAUCAGAGUUACACUUUUGAGCGCUUGUUGCCUUAUUACAAAAAAUCGGUCCACUACACACCUCCCAACCAGACAUUAUACAACAACUCGACGAACAACCAGACUACAGAUGCGUUCAGUCCAACGGGUGGGCCACUAGAAGUCUCUUUCAGCAAUGUUGUGCAUGCAUUUGGUACGUGGUGCCAGAAGGCACUCAUCGCACUUGGCAUGAACCAGAUUGAUGGUUUCAACAGUGGUAAUCUGGUUGGCUCUGCCUUUGCAACAUUUACUAUCAAUCCGCGUAAUGCGCAUCGCUCUAGUUCCGAGUCGAGCUUUCUUCAGGCGGUUCUGAACAAAGGUUCUGGGCCUACAGUGUACAAGAACACCAUGGCGCAAAAGAUAUUGUUUGAAGGCCACGGUAAACGAGCCACAGGCGUUCAAGUGUCGACUGGAGGGACCUUUGGCACACCUUCAAUCAACUUCACGCUUCGUGCUGGCAAGGAAGUGAUCCUGUCAGCCGGUGCCUUCCAGACCCCUCAGUUGUUGAUGGUGUCAGGAAUCGGUCCAUGCAACCACUUGCGUAGUUUCGAUAUUCCUUGCCUCGAAGAUCUCCCAGGAGUCGGCCAAAACAUGCAGGACCAUCCAAUCUUCGGGAUUGCACAUCGUGUAAACGUUCUCACUGCCUCGGCCUCGGCCAACAACGCAACUUUAGCAGCACAGGGUGCUCAGGAAUACAUAGAACAAGCCACAGGUCCACUCUCCAUCUUUGGGCCAGGGUAUUAUGGCUGGGAAAAACUUCCAAUCGCACUGCGCUCGAAUCUUACCCGUGAAGCUCGCCAUGCACUGUCAAGCUUCUCUUCUGACUGGCCUGAGCUAGAGUGGUUGCCCAUCAGCGCAUUCAACGGCUACAAUCUCAACAAAGUGACAGCUGACCCGAAGGAUGGGCACCAAUAUGCAACAAUCAGCGGAGCCUUGAUUGCGCCCCUAUCACGCGGCACAGUUCGACUUGCUGGCUCAAGCAUGAACACCCCGCCCCUGAUAGACCCGCAAUGGCUUGCUGAUUCCACCGAUAUGAAUUUAGCUAUCCAAGCAUUCAAAAGACAGCGUCAAAUAUGGGCGGAGCUGGCGAAGUUGGGUGCGGCUGAGCACGAGGAAUAUUUCCCCGGCUUCAAUGUUUCCACUGAUGUUGAAAUCCGUGAGUUCAUUCAACGGAGCAUGACCACAGUCUUUCAUGCAUCAGCGACGUGCAAAAUGGGACGUAACAAUGACAGGAUGGCGGUGGUCGACAGCCACGCACGCGUCUUUGGAGUGCAGGGGUUGAGAGUUGUCGAUGCCAGCAGUUUUCCAUUUCUACCACCAGGUCAUCCCCAAUCCACUGUUUAUGCAUUUGCUGAGAAGAUUGCGGAUGAAAUAUUGAGCUGGAACGAAGAACAAAGUCAAUAUAGUAGUGACUUGAUCUCACCUGAUGACUGGCAAACUCCCAUGUAUACACGUCCUACGCAGUUUCAAUAUUAG